AUGAAUGUAAUUCAUGAGGUUCUUAGCAAUGGAGAUAGAUAUUUUAUUGAUUCAAUACCUUUUGCCUCAGAAAUAAAAGCUGCAGUUCACGAGCUGGAUCAUGAUAGUUCUCCAGGUCCAGAUGGAUUUGGUGGUUGGUUCUACAGGAAAUGCUGGGGUAUCAUAGAUGAUAUGUUCCUUUUUUGUAAUGGUGAUAAGAGGAAUAUCAAGAGAUUAAUGAAGACCCUUACUGAAUAUCAAGAAGCCUCUGGUCAGGUAAUUAGUUCAGUUAAAAGUAAAUGUUUUGUUGGAGGCACCACUAAUACGAGGAAAAAAACUAUUGCUGAGGAAUGUAAUAUGCAGCUAUCAACAUUCCCAGAUAAAUAUUUGGGAGUAAUGUUAUUUCCAGGAAAAGUUAAAUCAAGCCAUGUCUGGGGGAUUGUUAAGCAAUUACAGUCUUAUCUAGCUGGAUGGAAAGGAAAAAUGUUAGCAUUCCAGGAAAGAUUGAUAUUUUUUUGUAGCAUUCCAGUUUAUAACAUGUCUAUAUACAGAUGUCCAAGGAGUGUGCUUAAAGAAUGUGAAAAAAUCAUUAGGAAUUUCCUAUGGUCUGGGGAUCCAAAUGUAAGGAAGCUUAUUACUCUUAAAUGGGACAAUGUAUGCUCACCUUUGGAAGAAGGAGGACUGGGAAUCAAAAGGCUUGACAUAAUAAAUAGAGCAUUACUUAUGAAUCUGGCAUGGAAUGUUCAACAAGGUGAAGAUGAAUGGACUUUGUUCUUGCAAGCUAAAUUCAAGUAG